AUGUUAUUAGAUAACGAUGCGUUCCUUACUCAACUUACCCGACUCUUUGAAAAUGUAAAAUCAACUACAAAAAAAAUUUUCCUAACCACGAAAAGACAUACUUGGCAACCAAAGAAAUUACGCAAUGUUGAAGUUGCAAAAGAGCUAAAAAGUAAAGAAUUGGAAAAAAAAGGUGAUGAUAAGGAAUAUCCAUUGGUGAUUCGUGCCACUUGUGGGAAGAAUAAGAUUCAAACGGUGGUUAAUCCAUCAGAUUCAGACAAAUUUUACACCGCGUAUAGUAAUAUCCUAAAAGUUCACAUGGAUUCUAUGAAAAAAAGAGAAAAGAAGGAAAAGAAAAAAACUGAUCGAAAAAAGAAAAUUCGUAAAGCAAAAGCCACUAUUGCUUGA